CAUUAGUUAUUAACCAUGACCGACCAAUCAACAAAUGCGCGAAGGAUAUAUCUAACGGCCGAGGAAAUUUUGGCAGAAAAGAUUUAUAUCUGCUCGUUCGACAACUGCUAUACAAUGUUGCACAACUUGGCCAAUUUGCAGAUGCAUCUCACACGACAUCACAAAGCACCCGCAUUGAAUCUGCAGUCGUUGAGUAAUGCUGCUUCAUCUGAGCAUAAGCUGUUCUACUGUCCCAACGCAAGCUGUCCGUACCACCAGACUGCCGAAGAAAGUAGCAACGGUGCGCGCCAUUUCAGUUCUCUUCGCUCACUGAAGCAACACUAUCUGAAGGUGCACGGUGAGCGAAAGCACCGUUGUGAGCCAUGCGGAAAAUCGUUCGCUACCGAGAGCUACCUCCGACAUCACCGGUUAUCAUGUGGUCAGAAGUUUAACUGCGCACAUUGUUCAUACUCUUACGGUUCCAGAGAAGCAUUAUUGACACACGCCAAGCGGAAGCAACACGGUUACGAAGAAUUACUUUCGGCAAAGAAACCAAAUCGCGUAAAACCUGCGAAACAAUCUGCAUCGAAUUGUGUGAGCACCGGAACACAAACCUUAUCGGAGCGAUCGGAAAGCAAAACUACACAAACGAUUGAUUUAUCUAAGAUCAUCGUUGAGACACGAGAAGAUGUCUUGGGGCUCGCCGUUGAUGCUGCCACGAUUGUACAAACUACUAGCAAUGUUUCCCUGGCUAUCGAAGCCGUAGAACCUCUGAUCCCCGUGGUUUGCACCGAAACGCAGACCGAUUUCAUCGAUGUAAUGUUUGCAAACACGGAGAACCGUCAUGAUCCGCUGCUAUCCUAUGCCCACAUGUACACGCAGACAUGCGACGAACCGGGACUGUUUGCCGAUCUAGGAUUGUCUACGACUGAAACACAAACGAGCUGGAAUGAGGAAACGGAAACGUUCGGUGACUAUCUUGUGUCGACGGAAACGCAAACCAAUUUCGACAUCGACAGCUUCGAUUGUGCUAGUAACAGCAUCGGUGACAAACCGGACACAGCUAACAGCAAACACACCCAGGUGCCGGAAGCAAUAGCAAAUGAUUUCCACCUACUGAGAGGAGCUAAUUUUCUGAACGACAUUGCGGAUUCGAUCGAUGAUCACACAACCGUCCACACGCAAGCAUCAUGA